UGCUUUGCGAAUAAAUUUGUUAAGCACCCACUUCAAUACUCGAAUUCGGCAGGAGGACAAUCAAAACUCAUGUAUAGUUACACAGUAAUCUUUUAGUUAGUUAGUUUGUUGCUCAAAUCGUCUGUGAUCGGAUAAUCCACGAUGAUCUGGGACCUCUUUACCUUUAUACGCGCAGCCACUGAGUUCAGUGCCACUGCUCUACUGAUUUUGCUCGGUUGCAUGGGGGAGUCAAUGAACCAAGGUGGUGAGAACAAAUUCUUGUUGGCCAGCGUUCAUUAUGGCCUGACGGUGAUGGUGGUGAUGCAUGUGUUUGGCUUCGUAUCCGGAGCCCAUGCGAAUCCCUGCAUCUCGAUCUCCUGCUACUUCUUGGGCUACAUCGCCCUGGAAGUGAUGCUGAUGUAUGUGGCCUGUCAGAUGGCUGGGGCAUUCGCCGGAUACUUCUUGCUCCUGCAACUGCUGCCCAAGGAAGUGGUGGCCAAAGCCAAGCCGGGCAUUUGCCUGGUGCAACCGAUGCACUCUCUGUCCACUGCCCAGGUCGUCACCAUCGAGUGCCUGCUGACCGCGGUCUUGGUGCUCGGAUGGUGCGCCUUGUGGGAUGUGCGGAACGGAAGGUUCCUCGACUCGGUCACCAUUCGCAUGGGACUCCUGGUGGUCGCCUGCAGUUUCGCUGGGCUGCAACUGACAGGAGCCAGUAUGAAUCCCGCCAGGACAUUAGUGCCCGCCAUCUACUACGGCAAUCCGGACUCGGUUCUGAUGCAGCUGACUGGCCAGAUCUUGGCCGCCAUCAUGGUUCCCUUUGUCUGGAACAAUGCGUAUACGCCACGUUAUAAGCCCUUGGAAAUUCCCGUGUGCAACUGAGCGGAGUGUGUAACAAUAAACUUAAGCUCGACGUU